AGAAGGGACUCUUGCAAAACUUGAUUCUCGGAUUCCCUGGUCUACAACAGUGCCUGGAAGAGCAGAGCGUAGAUGGAGCCACCUGCCAGUAGCUGCAUGAGAAACUCUCAACCUACUAGCACCAUGCUCUGGGAAUGCCUGAGGAAUCACCACCCAGAGGCCGGGCCAGCUGGGCCGCAGCUCUACCCACAAGCCCCCUUUUCGUUCCACCCCAAAUCAGACUUCGGGGCCUACGCAGACUUUUCCACCUCGUGUCUGGCCACGGCCCCCCAAAGCCUUCCUCGGGAGGAUCGGGUUUUUGAUGAGCACCACCCCUCUUUCCACCACUCCACCUGGCAUUUCACCACCUCGGAGGGCAGGCGGCGGCUACCUGCCGAAUUGGCACUGGGGUCGGGAGAACCAGAGAAUGGCAGCCCACGCUUGGUGGAUUCUGCUGUGGCGACCAGGGAAGAUUAUGGUCUGGCGAGGAAUACGACAAGGGAAGUGGAGAAGAAAUCGUGCCGAAGGAAAAAGGGCAAUUCGGCGUGCAAACGUAAGGAACAGGAGCAGCAGAAAGACCGGAACCUGCAGCCCAAGAAGCAACGUCUGGUCUUCACGGACCUCCAGCGCCGCACCUUGAUCGCCAUCUUCAAGGAGAACAAGAGGCCCUCGAAAGAAAUGCAGAUGACCAUCUCCCAACAGCUGGGCCUGGAGCUGAAUACAGUCAGCAAUUUCUUCAUGAAUGCCCGUCGCCGGUGUAUGCACCGCUGGCAGGAGGAACCGGGGACCAACCCCGGGGUCCCGUCUUCAUCAACAAGCACUUUUUCCAAAGCAUGA